UUAGUUCAUUUUUACCUCAGCAUUGAACCACAGAACAAAUACUCCCUUUUGUGUCCUUAAAUCUCUUCUGGGCAUCCUUCCACUCCUGUGACAAGGAAUUACUCUAUCCACAAAGAAUAGUGGGCUGUGAAACAGCCAUGUGUGUCCAGGUGGAAGAAGGAGAAGUGCCUACAGGAAGAUAGUAGGGUCUGGAACCAGAUCCAAGGGCAAGUGCUAUUGAAAAGCACAUAUCUUCUGAUCUAGAAAAGGUCUUUGGUUUGGAAAGCGGGGUCAGCAAAUACUGUGCUGUGUCUUUAAGAAGAGGCUCACCCUAUGGGAGGUGCACUUGUCACUCAGGCAUCACUACCCAAUCAGGAACUCCAGGUAAUUUGCCAGUCAGAAAUGGUGGAGGGCGCUUCCUGUUUCCAGCUUCGCAGUGUAGUGGAAGUGGAGCCAGUCUUGUGUGCUGUUCAACGAAAACUCCUCCAGGAAACUGCGUGGAGCGCUUGGGAAAGCAAGGAAACCCGACAUGAAUGCAGUUACCUAUGGUGAUGUGCAUGUUGACUUCACUUGGGAAGAAUGGGCAUUGCUGGAACCUUCCCAGAAGAAUCUCUACAAAGAUGUGAUGCUAGAGACCUACAGGAACCUCACUAUUAUAGGAUACAAUUGGGAAGACCAUACUAUUGAACAACAUUGGCAACAUUCUACAGGGUAUGAAAGGCAGAAAAAAAGUCAAACUGGAGAGAAACCUUCUUUAUCUACUCAGUGUCUUAAAGCCCUUGGAUAUAACAGUCGUCUUCAAAGGCAUGAAAGAACAAAUCCUAAAGUGAAACCGUAUGAAUGUAAUCAGUAUGAUAAAGACUUUAUACAUCACAGUCGUCUUCAAAUGCCUAAUAGAACACAUACUGGAGAGAAAGCAUAUGGAUGUAAUGAAUGUGAUAAAGCCUUUACAUGUAUCAGUCAUCUUCAAAGGCAUAUAAUAAGACAAACUGGAGAAAAACCUUACGAAUGUAAUCAAUGUGGUAAAGCUUUUGUAUGUCAUAGUCAUCUUCAAAGGCAUAUAAGAACCCAUACUGGAGAGAAACCCUAUGAAUGUAAUCAGUGUAGUAAAGCCUUUGUAUGUAUCAGUGAUCUUCAAAGACAUAUAAGAACACAUACUGGAGAGAAACCCUAUGAAUGUAAUCAGUGUGGGAAAGCUUUGGUAAGUCAAAAAAGUCUCCGAACACAUGAAAGAAUGCAUACUGGAGAAAGACCUUACGAAUGUAAUCAAUGUGGUAAAGCUUUUGUAUGUCACAGUCAUCUUCAAAGGCAUAAAAGAACCCAUACUGGAGAGAAACCCUAUGAAUGUCAUGAGUGUGGUAAAGGCUUUGCAUGUAUCAGUGAUCUUCAAAGGCAUAUAAGAAUACAUACUGGAGAGAAACCCUAUGAAUGUAAUCAGUGUGGGAAAGCCUUUAUAAGUCAAAAAAGUCUCCGAACUCAUGAAAGAAUGCAUACUGGAGAAAGACCUUACGAAUGUAAUCAAUGUGGUAAAGCUUUUGUAUGUCACAGUCAUCUUCAAAGGCAUAAAAGAACCCACACUGGAGAGAAACCCUAUGAAUGUCAUGAGUGUGGUAAAGCCUUUGCAUGUAUCAGUGAUCUUCAAAGGCAUAUAAGAACACAUACUGGAGAGAAACCCUAUAAAUGUCAUGAAUGUGGUAAAACCUUUACAAGGCAGGGUUAUCUUUACAUUCAUAUAAGAAUACAUACUGGAGAGAAACCCUAUGAAUGUAAUCAGUGUGGGAAAGCCUUUGCAUGUCACAGUUAUAUUCAAAAGCAUAAAAGAUCCCAUACUGGAGAGAAACCCUAUGAAUGUAAUCAGUAAGUAUCGUAAAGCCAUUUGCCCAUCACUCUUCCAAAGCAUAAAAGGACACAUAACUCGAGAGAAGGACUGUGCUUGUAAUCAUUAUGGUAAAGGAUUUGGUCAUCAUAAUACUGUUCAGCAGCAUAAAAGGACACACACUGGAGAGAAAUCCUAUGAAUUUUAUCAGUGUGGUAAAGGUUUGUCAUAUCACAGUCAACUUCAAGGCAUAAAAGAACACAUACUGGAGAGAAACCCUAUGAAUAUAUGUAUUAAUACUUCUGCUCAUUGUGGAGGCCUAAAAUUGUGAGCCUGUAAUCAACCCAAUUAUAAAAUGGGGCACUGAGCUGAACAGAGAAUUCUCAACAGAAGUUCAAAUGGCCAAAAGACACUUAAGGUCAUGCUCAACUUCCUUAGCAAUGAGGAAAAUGCAA